GUUAGUCAAACCAAAAACCUGGUGGCUGGUUUUCUAAUUCAGGUAUGGCCUGUUGUUUGUAAUAGGUUCUACCGACCGACCUCAUUUCUAAGUAUCUUUUUCAUUAAAUUAGUAAUAAUCCACAUAUUUCAUACUUAAUCAUACUAUAAAUACCCAAUUACCCCCUAUCACAACUACAUCACAAUCACAGUUAAACAUCUCACAAGCAAUCAAGUAAUUAACAAGAAACAGAAACAGAAUAUGUCUAGCAAAACAGGCCAAGUGAUUAAAUGCAAAGCCGCGGUGGCAUGGGAAGCAGGAAAGCCGCUGGUGAUGGAAGAAGUUGAGGUGGCGCCACCUCAGAAAAUGGAAGUUCGCAUUAAGAUCCUCUUCACUUCACUUUGUCACACUGAUGUUUAUUUUUGGGAAGCCAAGGGUCAGAAUCCUGUGUUUCCUAGAAUUUUAGGACAUGAAGCUGGAGGGGUUGUGGAGAGUGUUGGGGAAGGAGUGACAGAUCUUGAGCCAGGGGAUCAUGUCCUCCCUGUUUUUACCGGAGAGUGCAAAGAGUGUGCUCAUUGCAAGUCCGAAGAAAGCAAUAUGUGUGACCUUUUGAGGAUCAACACCGACAGGGGCGUCAUGAUCCAUGAUCAGAAAUCUCGAUUCUCGAUCAACGGGAAGCCCAUUUUCCAUUUUGUUGGGACUUCUACGUUUAGCGAGUACACGGUGGUUCAUGUUGGAUGUCUUGCUAAAAUCAACCCUCUUGCCCCUCUUGACAAAGUUUGUAUCCUUAGUUGUGGCAUCUCCACAGGCCUAGGUGCUACUUUGAAUGUUGCCAAGCCUAAAAAGGGCUCAUCUGUGGCGAUUUUCGGGCUGGGAGCUGUGGGACUUGCUGCUGCAGAAGGUGCAAGAAUGGCAGGGGCUUCAAGGAUCAUUGGUGUUGAUCUCAAUGCUAAUAGAUUUGAGCUUGCAAAGAAUUUUGGGGUAACAGAGUUUCUGAACCCGAAAGACUAUAAGAAGCCGGUACAAGAAGUGAUUGCAGAGAUGACAAAUGGAGGUGUUGACAGGAGUGUUGAAUGUACUGGCCACAUUGAUGCCAUGAUUUCGGCCUUUGAAUGUGUUCACGAUGGUUGGGGCGUUGCGGUUCUUGUGGGUGUUCCGCAUAAAGAUGCUGUCUUCAAGACUCAUCCUAUGAAAUUUUUGGAUGAAAGAACACUCAAGGGUACCUUCUUUGGAAACUAUAAACCUCGAUCAGAUAUUCCUUCUGUGGUCGAAAAGUACAUGAAUAAGGAACUCGAGUUGGAAAAGUUCAUAACACAUGAAGUGCCAUUUUCCGAGAUCAAUAAGGCCUUCGACUUGAUGCUUAAAGGCGAAGGCCUUCGUUGUAUCAUUCGAAUGGAUGAAUAAAUGGAUGGCAAAGAUUUUGAAGGUGUUGUAUAGUAACGUGCAAGAGAUCAGCGGCGCAUUGUUCAGUUUUAAAACUGUGUUUGUUUUCUAAUAAUGUAAAAAUCGGAACAUCUGUAAACAUCUUUGAUAUUUUAAGUUCAUCAGUCAUGACUUGUAUCCUUCUUAUUAAUGAUAAUUUAAUAAUCUCUUAAUACAACUGUUUCUUUGAUGAUGA